CUUCCAGCCGGUGCUCUUUCGCAGAGGACCAUUCCGGCCAAGUGCCUGUUGGUAGGAACCUAGUUGACGUCUGGUCUGGGGGUUCUUGUAGGUGGCAGUGGCUGAAGCCGUCGUUGGGGGAAAGACCCAAACCUAAGGAGACGCCAUGGACGACCAGGGCUGUCCCAGGUGUAAGACCACCAAAUACCGGAAUCCUUCUUUGAAGCUGAUGGUGAACGUGUGCGGACAUACUUUGUGUGAGAGUUGUGUGGACUUACUGUUUGUAAGAGGAGCUGGAAACUGUCCUGAGUGUGGUACUCCACUGAGAAAGAGCAACUUCAGGGUACAGCUCUUUGAAGAUCCCACUGUUGACAAGGAGGUUGAAAUUCGGAAAAAAGUACUAAAGAUAUACAAUAAAAGGGAAGAAGAUUUUCCUAGUUUAAGAGAGUAUAAUGAUUUUCUGGAAGAAGUGGAGGAAAUCGUUUUCAAUUUGACCAACAAUGUGGAUUUGGAGAACACCAAAAAGAAAAUGGAAAUAUAUCAAAAAGAAAACAAAGAUGUCAUUCAGAAAAAUAAAUUAAAGCUGACUCGGGAGCAGGAGGAAUUGGAGGAAGCUUUGGAGGUAGAACGCCAAGAAAGUGAACAGCGACGACUCUUCAUACAAAAGGAAGAAGAGCUGCAGCAGAUUCUGAAAAGGAAGAACAAGCAGGCCUUUUUAGAUGAGCUGGAGAGCUCCGACCUCCCUGUGGCUCUACUCUUGGCCCAGCAUAAAGACAGAUCUACCCAGCUGGAAAUGCAGCUCGAGAAGCCCAGAUCCAUGAAGCCAGUGACGUUUUCCACCGGAAUUAAAAUGGGUCAACAGAUUUCAUUAGCACCAAUCCAAAAGCUGGAAGAAGCUCUCUAUGAAUACCAGCCCCUGCAGAUAGAGACCUGUGGACCCCAAGUCCCUGAGCAAGAGUUGUUAGGAAGACUUGGGUAUUUAAGCCACGUCCGGGCUGCAUCUCCACAGGAUCUGGCUGGCGGCUAUACUUCUUCUCUUGCUUGUCACAGAGCGCUACAAGAUGCUUUCAGUGGGCUUUUCUGGCAGCCCAGAUAACCUGUAUUUUCUCAUUUAUAAGAUCUGGAUCUUGGAGCCAAACCAAGAGGUUUGAAAGUAAAGAGAUUUGUAAAAUCCCAGCCACGCAGCUGCAGAGCACACCACCACCACUGCUGCUAUGUUCAGGUGUUUAUUGCAGUCUGGACCAAGCUGAGAAAUAUGUUGCAUAUAGAUUCAUGGAAGAGAUUUAUUUUUAACUUCUAUUCUUCAGACAGGGAUUGAAGCAUUGAACCUCAUCUGACAGGAAAGAAAUAAAUGAUUUGCCUAUGUAUGGAGUUGACUUAUACAUUUUUUUUUUAAAUAAAGCCUGACUUUAUGGUA